CAUGGCGAGACUCCUGGUCAGCUGGCAAGCCCAGUGUUGGUUGAACCUGUGUUGUGAGUGUGUGUGUAUAACCCUGCUCGAAUGGCGAUGACUUUUGUGCUUUCUUAGUGUUAUCUGUGCUCAAAAUUUGGAUUACGUCUUCCGCCAUGUUACCCGCCGGCAAAGAAGGAGGAGGCAGCGGGUGGUGGUCAGGGUGUGGGCGGCCAGCCUCCGCCUCGCCCGUCUGGUCCACCAGGGUCGGCGUGUCUCGUAGCCAAGAGGUGGUCAUGAGGGAGAAGAAAGGCGGUGCAUUAAGUAAAGUUCAGAAACUCAAGAGACGUAUAUCAAACAGCUUCGGAAAAUUAGGACUCCGCCGUAAGAGAGCCAUCUCCAAGAACGAGGAUGACGAGAGCUUGUCAGUGUCGGGCAUGAAGAUCAACGGGUUCUCCGACGAAUACCUCGACCGGAUAGAACCCAACGGCAACAUCCCCGACAAGGACUGUGGGUGGGAGAGACUGGUGGACCACAGGGAGUCUCUCUCCCGGCAACUCUCCGUUUCCUCGGACUCCAAACUCCUAGACGAAGACAUCCGCAGCGAGCAGAAAGUCAUCAUGAGACCUAAAAAGCCUCCCAGACCCAAGUCUGAAGUCUACUUGUGUAAAGACACCCGCAAGUCUAAAAGAUUCUCCGCCUUUGGAGGUGACUCUCCGUUCGGGCGGACGGAAGCCUACUGAAGCGGGGACCAGCUGGGUGAGGGUUCCUACGCCACUGUCUACAAGGGCUACAGCAA